CUAACAAAACAAAAUAUCGGUGUAAUAUUUUUUAUUUCUUUUUAUGUCGUGUAUAAUUAAAACGGAUAGAACACACAGGAUUCUGAAAAAAGCAACGUAAUGAGGCUUGAACUAAGACGUAAAUAGUUUAUCAACCAUAAUGUCGUUUAAAGUAAAAUACUACUUCAAAGAGGAAUUGGCCUACACAGAAGAUCAUGUGUUGGUGAAGAAUCUGUUUCUAAACGAUAUCGAAGAAUCUCUGGAGCAGCACCAGGUUCAAGAUUAUUUCGAAAGAUAUGGAUGCAUUGAAAAAUUUCAUAUGUAUUCGAGUGGAAAUAAAAGAAAAAGAACUAACGUCGAUGACUUUGAGAAUGGAACACGAACUGGCUACGUUGUCUUUAAGGAUCCUCGUCAUGCUGCCGAAGCAUUGAAGACAGAGUUGCAUGUUGUCAGUCAAUGCCGUAUAACAGUUCAGCCAAGUUAUACUUGUCUUCAACCAGAUGCCGAAAAAAUGCCGGAUAAAGCGGAAAAUGUGAAUCCCCCUGGGAACACUGCUGCCAUUAUGAAACUAAACGAUUAUUGCCUGGAGCAUGUAUUCAGAGAAUUAUCGGUAUCUGAUCGGAUUCAAUUUGCACGCACCUGUUAUCGUUUUCGAAACAUUUAUGAGGAAAUGUCACCGAUGUUGGACAAACUUAUUGAUUUUGAAAUAUUUAAUGAAAUGACUGCGUGGGAAGUGCGUAAUUUUUUUCAACUUUCCGGAUGUAAUGUAAGGAGUAUAAAAGGUGAAAUCACAAAACAUCACUGUGACCUCGUGUGCGAAUUUCUUGGAAAGCACUGCAUUAAUUUACAGUCAUUGCGAAUUUGUGACGACAGUUUAAUAUCUUACGACAUAUUUAAAAUGCUUGCAAAUCUCAAUAGUCUUCAAAAUCUGGAAAUACUUCAAGAGGGUCUCACCAGUGAGAAUCUGCAAGCGAUCGAGCAUUUAAAUCAGCUCAAGAAUUUGAAAAUCAUCCAUAUUGAAAUUGGGAAUGCAGAGGAUUUAAAUUGUUUGCCAAAGUCUAUUGAGUCGCUGACUCUAGAAAACUAUGAUCCAGAUCCGCAGCCGGAAUUGUUGAUGAAAAUAUUUAAUGGGCUACCGAUGCUUAAGGAAUUACACUUACCAAACUAUACUCCCAAAUCCCCAUGUAUCGAGCAGAUAAUCAACGAAAAUGGUUGUGAAUCUUUGGAGACUCUCUCCAUUGGCACCGACAAUUACGAAAUUGCUGAUUAUCAUCAAAUUGCAAGGAUACCAAACCUAAGGAAGCUAAUAUUGAACUUUUUUAGACGUGAUGUGGAUGAGCUGCCUCCAAUGAUAAUGACUUGCCUGGUGGAGCAUAAGUCCAAGCAGUUGGAACAUUUCGAAAUACGUAUUUAUAGUGGAACCGGUGUCAAUGCCGAUAUCCUUUCAGAUAUUGGAAAGCUGAGCGCAUUGCAUAAGCUGAUUUUGCCAGAUAUUGAUCUGAUCACCGAUCGUGGAUUGGAGUCACUAUUCAACUUGCAAAAUUUGACAGAAAUCGAAAUCAGCAGCAGUUGCGAAAUUACGGACAAUGGUGUACUCCGACUGAUCCUUGCCUGUCCCAAGCUGCAACUCUUAAGUCUGCAGGAUUGCAAGAAACUCACCGAUAAGCUUCUCUCUGAUAUUAUUAUGAAACUACCAAACAAUCAAGAUCAUCGUCCACUUCCCAUUAAACUAUUUUUGUACGGCACCAAAGUUAAUGAAUUAACACUUCUAAAUGCGAAUGUGGCUGUCAGGAAUAUAAUCGAUGUAUCAAUUACCGAAAUUAUAAAAGUCACAGAGCUUUAUAGUUUUAAGUGAUAUGGAAGAAAACUUCACUUUAAUAUUACAACAAUCCGAAACCAUUUGGAUAUUGUUUUUUGUUUGUCAAAUUCGCAAACAAUAUUAUUGAUAUAUAUAUAUAUAUAUAUAUAUAUAUGUAUUAUGAGUUAUACACUUUUACGAUAAUUUAUUACUUGGUUAAAAUUUAUAAGACAUGUGUACUAACACAUUGAGUUAGUCAAGAAAGGGUUUUGGGUUGCCUAAUUUGGCUUUUAUUUUUAGGUCACAGGUGCAAUUUGCCCAUUACAUACUAUUUAUAGACUAAGGUAAUAUAUAUUGGAACCGUGAAAGUCUAACUGUACUAUUCUGCAAGCAAACUAUUUUUAAAAACGUUGAUUUAAAAGUAUUUUCUACGCUUUCUUUUGUCAGUUUGUAUUUUUGCGCUUAAUUUUAAGUUCACGAAAUUAAAAUCUAAUCUAAAUAUGUUUCGAAUCAAUCUGAACCAAAUGACCUACAACCUGGAAUUUAGCUCGUUCGUUUACUUAACCGAUUAAUGUAAUGUUAUAAAAUAUGUAAUUAUCAUUAUUUUUGAGGAAAACUCAUGGAAUAAAAAUCAUUAUCUUA